CCCAUCCAACGGUGCAGAUCAACUCCAGCCAACAUACGACCCCUCGUCCUGCUCCUGUGACACAGAGACGCCAACAUGCUCUCGCUCCUCUUGUUGUUUGGUCUGGCUCUGGGUGCUGUGUCUUCUCCUGAUGUGAAGCUACAGCGUGGUACAUGUCCCAUGUUCUGGUACAUCUUCAACGGCCGCUGCUACAAGUACAUCUCCACACGUUUCACCUGGGCUGAUGCAGAGUUCCACUGUGUGUCAGAGGGAGCCAACCUGGUGUCUAUUCACAGUGCAGAUGAAGACAAUUUUGUCAGAUCGCUGGUUUCGAACUUUGACCCUGCUCAGGGAUCAACCUGGAUUGGACUCAGUGACACCCAGAGGGAAGGCAGAUGGAUGUGGUCUGAUGGGACUGCAGUUGACUUUACCUUUUGGUAUUCAGACCAGCCAAACGGUGGUGACGGCCAAAACUGUGUUCACAACAACUAUGCCACACAGUGGAAUGACUGUCCGUGUUCCUAUGGUUUUCCCUCUGUUUGUGCAACUCGCAUAAACUGUCCAUAGCAACUGAGACAGUAACAUAUGUCUGACUGAGCCUGAUCACUGUUCACCUGUUGCUCUGUUGACAUGAAUUAGGCCUCUACAAUAAAGACACAAAUGUACACUGUUA